AUUUGAGUUUGAUAGCCUAAAGUUUCAAUUCCAUUCCAUUUAUUGGUUUACAACACUGAUGGAAUAAAAACGCAAAUAGCAGAGAAAAACUCCAAUUAUGGCUAUGGCUGUUCACAUAUGUACCAACUUUCUACACUCAACUCACACAGUCCCAUCUUCUCUUCGACCUUAUCCUGCAAACCCAUCUUCUACAACCGUCGUCAGAACCCGUAUAUCCUGCCUAUCAUCAUCUUCAUCAUCACCAAGAAUGGAUCCUCAGACCAAAUUCAUGGAAUUCCCACAUGUAUCCGCCCCAAUCAGGGACCUAAUGCUGGGACUUGUAUCUUCGGUAGAAACCCAUCUGGGCUCUUCCCUUCUCCCUUGUUCUCUUCCACCUGAUGUGCAGUACUAUCAGAACCCCAAUGGCAAUGCUGAAGGCACCGUCUUUGUCAGAUCCGCCAUUCCCUCUUCCCCUGUUGAUUUUAUAUUGGGAAGCUGGAUUAACUGCAAGCUGCCAUCCGGAGGAGCCUUGAACAUAGCUAGCCUUUCAACCUAUUUGAAACCCUCAACUAAUGCCCCAAAUUUCUUAAUUGAGGUGAUCCAGAGUACUCCAACAUCUCUGGUUCUCAUUCUUGAUAUGCCUCCAAGAAAAGAUCUUGUCCUAUAUCCUGAAUACCUCAAGACAUUUUACGAGGACACUGAAUUGGACAGGCACAGGCAACUUCUUGAGAAGCUGCCUGAGGUAACGCCUUACUCUUCCCCUUCUCUGUAUAUCCGAGCUCUUAUCUCUCCAACAGCUAUUCUUGUUCGCAUAGAAGCUGAAGCUGGUGAAAUAACGAGAAUAGACGAGAUAAUUCGAGAUAAUUUGAGUCCUAUUGCUAAUGAAAUGAUCGAGGUAUGGUUAAGUUUGUGUGCAUCUGUGGAUAAAGAAGUGGGAGAGGCUGAGAUGGCUUACUUGGAAAAAAGGGAUCUAAUUACGAAGACAAAGACUAUUGAGAUUGAUCUUGGCACCAACAUUCCAAGAUUGUUUGGGCAGGAAAUUGCAGACCGAGUUUUAGGAGUUUUAAGGGGAGUUUUCAAUGUUUGAUCCUGCUAGUCCUGUGACUCCUUGUUCCGGAUAACGAUUUUAACUGUCUCGUGUACUGUUUGUAUUAAGUUGUAGAUAAUUUGAUUGCCGUAAUUAUUAUUUAGGAUUGUAGCAUGUAAAAGUGCAGAAGUAAGAUAUUACAUACACAAUGUAUUUAUUUAUCUGAUAUGUGUGAACUACUCUACAUUUACUGGGUUUCGAA